UUUCUGCGAGGCUAUCAUACAUCUUGAUAAACCAUGGAAGCCGCUGAAGCCCAGAAGAUGUCUCGGCAGCCACUGCUCCGCGGGUUCUUCUUCCCCUUGCCAAGCCCCGGUCACAUGAUCCCUCUCAUCGACAUCGCCAAGCUCCUCUCCCGCCGCGGUGUCUCCGCCACCAUUGUCACCACCCCCGGCAAUGAACCCCUCGCCCGCCCAGCCAUCGACCUCGCCAACUCCUCCUCUCCUCCUGUAGCCAUCCCCAUCGACCUCAUCCUCCUCCCUUUCUCUCCCUCCGCCGCAGCCAAAGGUGAAAACUUCACUAAUGUCCCACCCUCCGAUUACCCUCACCUCUUCAACGACAUCGCCACCCUCCGCCCUUCUUUACACGACCUCCUCCGCAGCCACCGUGCUGACUUUCUUGUCUCUGACGUCGUAAUUGUCUGGGCCGCCGACUUGGCACUGGAGCUCAGCAUCCCCCACAUCGUUUUCCACGGUCCCGGCGCCUUCCCACUCUGCGUCCACGAGUCUCUCAGACUCCUUAAACCCCACGUCCACUUCUCCGACGAUGAUACGUCUCAUAUUCACGUCCACGGUCUCCCCAAUGCAAUCGAGCUCUCCAAACCGGAGAUUUCCGGCGUCUUCAAUUUCCCAGAAAUAGUCCAGUCGAUGAAACAUGCCGAGGAGAAGAGCUUCGGCGCGGUUGUCAACACUUUUUACGAACUCGAGCCAGCUUAUGCGGAUACUUUUCGUCGCCUCUGGGCGGGUAAUCGGGCUUGGUUCGUCGGCCCCGUGUCGUUAUCCUACGUGGCUGAUGAUCAAAUUGGUCAGGCCAAUCGUGGAAGGCUGCAACACGCGGACACGGCUCGACUGAUGAGUUGGCUCGACGCUCAGCCACCCCGGUCGGUUGUGUUCGCGUGUUUCGGGAGCCUUUGCGAGCAAGACACGGAUCAAUUGCGGGAGGCGGCGCUCGGACUCGAGGAGAGCGGGCAACGGUUUAUAUGGGCGGUGAGGGACUGGUACGGGGCCGCGGCGGAGAAGACGGGGUGGCUGCCGGAAGGAUUUGAGGAGCGGGUGAAGGGAAAGGGGUGGGUGGUGAGGGGAUGGGCCCCGCAGGUGGCGAUACUAGGACACGUGUCGGUGGGGGCUUUCGUGACGCACUGCGGGUGGAACUCCACGGUCGAGGGUUUGGCGGCGGGAGUGCCGUUGGUGGCAUGGCCGUUGAUGUACGAGCAGUUCGUGAACGAGAGAUUGAUUACGGAGGUGUUGAGGGUGGGCGUGAGGGUGAGGAAGGGGGCGGCGGAGGUGACGGCGAAAGAGGUGGCGGCGGCGGUUAUGAGAGUGAUGAGUGAUGGUGAGGAGGUGGAGGGGUUUCGAAG